CUUGUCCUACCAUGGAGCUAGAUUGAAGUAAUGACGCAUAACAAGGGUCACCCUUGCCGCGCACCUAGGCGCUUCAGACUUCCUUUGAGCGCUUCACCGUCGUCUUUUGGAAGGAAGAUAGGCGAUCUUCGGCAGAGAAGGCGCGUUCGCGUGGCUUUGGCUCCACGAUUCUCUAUCGCUUGAUGUCCGGCAACCUCUCACAGACCCUCGAUUGCACCAUGCAGUUCUUCAUCAUGAUUUCUGCUACCAUGGUCUGGGGCUUCCUCGUUGUGGCUGCAGCGCCUAUUGUCAUGCUGGACGACAGUCUGAUCUCCGCCACUGGCAGUCCUGCACCAAUAGUGGUCGCGGGGAGGAGUCCUCAUACGAUAAAGGUGGCGAAGGACACCUUCACGCCUGCUUCUAAGGUGAACACAGAAGCAUGGCACGUUCUGAGGCGUGUUCGGAUGCUUGUAUGCUCUACUACUGCUUCUCUCCGGUAA